GGGAGCGGGGAGCAGGUGGCCCCAUGCAGAAUGGGAAAUUCUGAGACGUCUGAGACAAACAGCCCUUCGGAUGACCCUUCAAUACGGUAUUUUAAAGGUUACCUUGAAAUUGCCACAACCACCAAGGCAGCAAAGAGAAAGGUCUGCAGGGAACAUCUGACUUUCCACGAUGGGUGAGAUCUUCCUCUUGGCUCAUAGAACAUUCAACCGGGUAGUUCUACCAGGUUCCCUGUUUCCCGGGAGUGGGGCUGCCUGUGAAAUGAAGACAAGCCUGCUUGUGAAGAUGAAGAGCUGAGUAAGAGCAUCCCCUGAGGUGGAUUCCUCCCGGAUCAGAAGCUCAUAGAACUUUCUGGAGUGAGCACCUCUUCAGUCUAAGCAGGAGCCACAGAACUUCGAUGUCUGCAAGCCAUCAUAUGGUGGGGACCUUGAGACCCCAGGCUGGAGCAGAUAACCUAGAUUCAAACCCUAACUCGGCCACGUAACUACUUGAGCUUUGUCUUUGCCUGAAGAUUGGAGGGAGCGUGGCAUUUCUGCUCUAAUACCUUUGUUGUGAGCUCAUAUAAAUGAGCUAAUGCAUAUACAUUUCUUAGCACAGGGCCUGCUUGUGAAUGCUCAGAAAUGCAAGCUGUGGAGCUUAUAAGCUUAUUAGCUGUGGAGAUUCUCAUGGUCUUUCCUGGCUGCAUCAGAGUCUUAAAGUAUUUUCAACGGAGUGUGCAGAAUAUCAGAAAAACAGCAGACUGUUCCAGAUGUGUGGGUGUUUCUUUAAAGGGUGGCAUAAACUCCAAAACAUGCUAUGGCUGGCGAUUCUAGGAAUGCUAUGAACCAGGACAUGGAGAUUGGAGUCACUCCCAGGGACCCGAAGAAGAUUCCCAAACAGGCCCGCGAUUACAUCCCCAUCGCCACCGACCGCACUCGCCUGCUAGCGGAAGGCAAGAAGCCCCGCCAGCGCUACAUGGAAAAGAGUGGCAAGUGCAACGUUCACCAUGGCAACGUCCAAGAAACCUACCGAUACCUGAGCGACCUCUUCACCACCCUGGUGGACCUCAAAUGGCGCUUCAACCUGCUGGUCUUCACCAUGGUCUACACCGUUACUUGGCUGUUCUUUGGUUUCAUUUGGUGGCUGAUUGCUUACAUCCGGGGUGAUCUGGACCAUGUUGGUGACCAAGAGUGGAUUCCUUGUGUUGAAAACCUCAGUGGCUUUGUGUCUGCCUUCCUGUUCUCCAUUGAGACUGAAACCACCAUCGGGUAUGGCUUUCGGGUGAUCACAGAGAAGUGUCCAGAGGGAAUCAUACUUCUCUUGGUCCAGGCCAUCCUCGGCUCCAUCGUCAAUGCCUUCAUGGUGGGGUGCAUGUUUGUCAAGAUCAGUCAGCCAAAGAAGAGAGCAGAGACCCUCAUGUUCUCCAACAACGCGGUUAUCUCCAUGCGGGACGAGAAGCUCUGUCUCAUGUUCCGGGUGGGGGACCUUCGCAACUCCCACAUUGUGGAGGCCUCGAUCCGCGCCAAGCUCAUCAAGUCCCGGCAGACCAAAGAAGGGGAGUUCAUCCCCCUGAACCAGACGGACAUCAACGUGGGCUUCGACACUGGGGAUGACCGUCUCUUCCUGGUGUCUCCACUCAUCAUCUCCCAUGAGAUCAAUGAGAAGAGCCCUUUCUGGGAGAUGUCUCGGGCCCAGCUGGAUCAGGAGGAAUUUGAAGUUGUGGUCAUUCUAGAAGGGAUGGUGGAGGCAACAGGCAUGACCUGCCAAGCACGGAGCUCCUACAUGGAUACCGAGGUGCUCUGGGGCCACCGAUUUACGCCGGUCCUCACACUGGAAAAGGGUUUCUAUGAGGUGGACUACAACACCUUCCACGACACGUAUGAGACCAACACGCCCAGCUGCUGUGCCAAGGAGCUGGCGGAGAUGAAGCGGGAAGGCCGGCUCCUCCAGUACCUCCCGAGCCCUCCCCUGCCGGGGGGCUGUGCUGAAACAGAGCUCGAUACAGAGGCUGAGCAGGAGGGAGAGGAUGAGCCUGAGGGUCUGAGUGGGUCCCGGGAGAACAGGGGCUCUGUGUGAGGAUGGUACUUGCCCUAGGACCUCCCCUCCCUGGCUUCUGAGCACAGCCCCUGCUGCAGAGCCAGUGGAGGAGGGGGUGAAGGAGCUGAGUUUGGGCCGGGGGGGGGGGGGGUGUCACCAGGAGCCAUAGACUCUGUGGGGAGGAACAGUAUAUGCCAUCCUGGAAUGUCUCAGCUCAUGCCUCCCUGAACAGGUGGCCCCUGGCCUGGGCCCCUGAGACCGUGCUGCCUCUUCCCUCCCAGCUUCCAUCAGCGUGGCUCAGGGCCAGGCCGAGAUGGGGUUCCUCACAGGGUGGCCUCUGUCUCCACACACACGUCCCUCUGCCCAUGGGCUGGGAUCCCCUCCCUCCUUGGGUCUCACAGACUGAUCUGCAGCUCUCCUUCCAGGGCUGAUUCAUGGAGAGGGCUGUCCCCCUCUGCCCCUCACUCCCACCACCCCGAGGAUUACUGUGGGCUCCGCGGGGAGAAAUUCUGCCUGCCCAGAAAUGCCACCCCCUGGUCCCAGGAUGAGCUCACAGACCUCACGGUCAAGGAAGGUCCACGCAAGUCAGGCAGGCAAUGCCUCUCAGCUCCCACACCCACGUCCCUUUCCUGAGAGCCACAGAGGACAAGGCCCAGAAGGAAUGAUCUGUUCUCAUCCAUGAAGCUUGUGCAUCUCCUAUGCUGUGUCCCUCGUGUCACGUGUAGCCUACCAGAGAGCCGAUCUCCUUUGAGUGACCCUCAGACAGUGGCUUGGGUCACAACACACCUCCGAGCACAUGUGGCAUUGUCGUUGGCUGCAUCCUGGCCAUGCCUGACUGCACGGGGGCCCACGGCUCCCAGCUGUCGGACAGCCCAGCAGCCCAUUCCUUUCUGGUACUUUCGGCCCCAGAAUCUCAAAGUACUCGUAGCCUUCACCAUAGCCCUCUUCUACCGCCUCAGCCAGGGGUGUGGUCCAGGAACAAAGCUGGGGUUCCAAAGGCAAGAUGAGCCGGCCAGAACUGAAACCAGGAGCAGGGAGAACAGAGGGGUGAGGAAUUAAAUGUUUGAAAUAAGCAUCUGCACCAGUCACUGCAGAGACAUUCUGACUUCAGGCUCCAUGCUCCUGUCUGGGGAGAGGCACAGCGAGGGGGGCCCGGGGUGACCUGGCCUCCAGACCCAGCUGAGAAACCCCUGGGCCUCCUGCCUGCCGGCUGGGCCAGGAGAACCCGGGUAAGGUCUCAGGAGAAGGAGGAAGGGAAGGAAACGGGUGAGGGCAAUCCGUGGGAGAAUUGGGAAGCCCGGGACCCUCGAGAGAAAAGAGAAAAGAGCAGAGGAGGACCUUGAGAAGGACAACUUGCAGAUGGCUUUUCUUUUCCAGUCUGGAGGCCCAGGAAGUGGACAGGCGGACAGGCAGACUCAUGCCAAUGAGGCGUGUCUGUUAUGUCUUACGGCAACAGGCUCCUGAUUAGCCGACCUAGACCCGGACAGAGCUCUCAAAUGUUUCCUGGCCACAGAAUUAUGGAGCCACAGAACUAGGAUUUUCAUAGCUCUCAGCUUGGCCUUUGGUAAUGGAAGCAUUCUCCUGCUUGCUACAAAGCGCCUUCCCUGGGAGUGAGAGCUGCACCGGAGGGAGACAGAAAGUUAAGGCCGAGAGAAGUGGACAGCUUUGGGAUCUUGGGCCCACAUUCCCUGAGGCUGGGUGUUCUAGGUCGUGCGGUGGGGAACUGCCCCUCAUGGGGCUGCCAUAGGCAGAGGAAGGGGAUCCUUGUGCUUGGGCACCUGGCCGGGACCUCGAGAGGAGGCACAGGGACACAGGGAGGAAAGCGAAGCUGCUCCUGCCCAGAACCUGGGGCUGAAUCCUGAUUCCAGGCAUUUUCCUUUGAGAAACAGGGCCAGAGGGAAUGGAGAAUGUACUGGAAUCCUGCCCUCAUGGAAAGGGGAAGCAGGCAGCCUCGAGCCCCAAAGCAGGGAACUGCACGCUAUCAGGCA